GGUUGUUGCAGCUGUUUUCAAAUCAAAACAUUAAGAAACGUACAACUUGCACUACCACGAUCAUUCUCAGUCUUUCAAGAAAAUUGAAAUGUUGUUUUUGAUUGCUGUAUCUUUAUGUUUUAAGCAUGUUCUUGGGGAGCUGCCACAUUCAACCUGCCAGUAUCAUUCAAGUGCGAUGUUAUUCUGCGAAAAAGCCAAUUUACAACUUCCAUCCAUGUUUUCCGCGGAUCUCCUUCCCGUCGGUGUGGAAUACAUCAAACUCACCUGUCCCGAUUUUUACUCGCGAAACUACUGUAAUACAAUGGAGUCCAACACACUUCUCCCGCUACCGUAUCGACCUCGGCUUAACCGCAUCGAUCUGGAAGGGUUUCGCACUGUGGAUGGCAGCAGGAUCCCCGUGGGCAAGUUCCUGGCGAAUGUCAAGCAGAACAUUGCGGUGCUCAUCAUUAGCUACUCGAAAAUCGACUAUGUCGAUCGUGAUUUCCUUACGGGGUUUCGUUCUCUAAUAACGUUGGAUCUUAGCAAUAAUGAUAUAACCAGCGUCCGCCAUGACGCUUUUCAAACCCUGUCGUAUCCUAUGCCGACCGGUCCCGUUCUGAAACGAUUAGACUUAUCCGGAAAUUCUCUACAACAGUUCGAUUGGAACAGCAUUGAACCAUUGGCAUCCACUUUGGAACAACUAAACCUCCAAAAUCAGUCACCAAAACUUAGGGCACUUCAGCAAAGCGGAAAGCCCUUUCGAACAUGGCUGUCGAGACUGAGUUUAUGGAAUAACGGUCUGGAAUUUGUCCCUGCAUGGAUACUGACCAACAACACAUUCCCGGAUGCGGCUACCGGUGUCGACAUUUCUGUCCACAACAAUGCGUUCUGCGUGUCAAGUGGCCGCAGUGAAUGCGCUUGUUGUGAAGUGGCGGAAUUUAUGCAUUGGAUGAAAUCUGUCGGCUCUACCGUUUCCGUACCGGUGGACAUUCGAUUUUCUUGUGGCUCGGCAUCAACGGAGUACCGGAAUGAUGCUUACGGUCUGGCGUUAGCUGAGCGCUUCGGACAUUGUUUUUCCACAACGCAAGCACCUGCGACACUGCCGCACACACGUCCUCCUGCGACGACGACAAAUGUACCCACCAUUAAAACAACUAGUACGCCAUGCACCGAACCAAAACCAAUUGAAAUCAACUGCACAGCUGGUAGUAUGAAACUCUCUCAGUCGGACUUGCAACGCGCAGAAGGUACCACCGCAGUUUUCACCAGCGACGGAACGUUUCCUUGCGUCAGCAAACUGUACGAUCUCCACACAAUGGCACUGGAAUUAUCGAACAUCCCAGCGCAAACCAAUACCACAGAGAAAUACGAGACCAUCGAUGUGCAUUGCCAACAUGGUCAGGCUGCCGUCAACGCGCUUAAUCCGGAUAGUUGCGGUGCCAAUAAGUUGGUUUUCCGCACUGAUUUGGCGGUUGGCUGCUAUUCUCGAUUUACCCAGUUUUUGUCGUAUAUUGAUGAAAAUCUAAUUGGAGAUCAAGAUAGGAACGUUCAAAAUCUUGCCGCGACACCAGAAUUUUCACUGACUUCUUGGAUUAACAGCAAAGUGUGUUCGCGCCGGCCUAUGGUCAGUGUAAACUGUACAGCGGGUAUAUUUGGUUAUUCGCAUGGUAACGACACCGCUAUAAGUACGAGCGGCGUAGCGGUUCGCAGUGAUCACAGCUUCGAUUGUCGGGAUACAUUUCGCACGAUUCACGAAUAUCUGUUGGCUGACAAACGGACCGUGGUGCAGCCCGUCACUUCCCCGGAGCUGGAUACCAUUGUGGCUGUUUGUCAGAAAGGACGCUUAUUUAUUUCAGAUGGCAAUGCAAGGAGGUCAACGAAAUUAAAGCUACAAUAUUUCUCCAGCCCGAAUAGGUCAUGCCGCAGUGCUUUUCAUGAGUUCUUGCAAUUUGUGUUGCGGUUGUGAAGCGUAAUUUAACCACACAUGUACGUAUCACCGGAUGACACUUAAC